AUGAAGCUGAGCUGUGUCCUCAUGGUGUGGGUUCUUUGUGUUUGCCCUGCUGUGUUCCUGGCAACCCAGAUGUUAGUGGCUGCCAGGUCAGAGACUCUGAAGUGUCAAGGACCUGCUGGCAUUGAACAGAGCAGCUGCCAUACUGAUGAUGAUGAUGAUGAUGAUGGCGGCGAUGUGACCCACUCCAGUGAAGCUGGCUUACAGUUCAAGGGCUACACGUUCAGUAAGCCCUUCCAUCUCAUUGUUUCCUACGUUCUGAGCAUUGCUUGGGACCUCCUGAGGGAGGUAGACAAUACUCAGCUCUUACUCUGGGCCACAGACUGGCUGAUCCUUCAAGGUCCAGCGACACCAAUAUUUGAAGGAGACCCAUUGGUUUUGCACUGCCGUGCCUGGCAAGACUGGCCACUGACUCAAGUCAUCUUCUAUCGAGAGGGCUCAGCCCUAGGUCCUCCUGGACCUGAAAGAGAGUUCUCUAUCACUGUGGUGCAAAAGUCAGACAGCGGACACUACCACUGCAGUGGCAUCUUCAGGAGCCCUGGUCCCGGGAGCCGAGAGACUGCAUCCCCUGUGGCUAUCACAGUCCAAGAGUUGUUCCCAGCCCCUACUCUCAAAGCCUUACCUUCUGGUGAGCCCCAAGAGGGAGGCUCAGUGACCUUGAGCUGUCAGACAAAGCUGUCCCUGCCGAGGUCAGCUUCGCACCUCCUCUUCUCCUUCUACAAGGAUGGAAGGCCACUGAGUACCGGAGGCGUCUCUUCAGAACUCCAGAUCCCCAGAGCAUCAGAAGAACACUCCGGCUCCUACUGGUGUGAGGCAGCAACUGAGGACAGGCAGGUUUGGAAGCAGAGUGCACAGCUGGAGCUCCGGGUGCAGGCUCUUCAGAAACCAGCUGCUUCCAAGACUCCUGCUACGGAGCCCUCUGGUCCUUUGCCUUCAUCACACGAUCCUUCUGGCGAGCACCUGGGGCUUUCCUCCUCAGACCCCCACCUGCAGCACCAGAUACGCCUUCUUCUCAGACAAAUGCAAGAUGUAAGAGUUCUCCUUGGUCAUCUGGUCAUGGAGCUGAGGGACUUGUCUGUCUACCUGAAACCUGGUGUCACAAAGGUUGCUGACAAAUGACAUCAAGCUAUUCGUCUGUGAUCGCCUCAGCCACCACAAAAACUCCAGCUCUUCAGUACAGCCCAUAUGCAGGAAUAGUUUUGCAAGCUGUCUUGAUACUUCCCUUGGAAUAAUGGAACUGCUUGAGUGCAAAUAAACACAUGCGUGGUGAGACUCAGAGUUCGCCUAUCACUGUAUAUUCUCUUUGACCAUGACAAGGUCAUUCUGAAUUCUAGACCAGGAAUUUCUUUCUGUUGCCCAGAAGGGAAUUGAAAGAGAAGCAAUGGAGGUGGAUUUAAUACUGCAGUCUUGACUGGGGACAAUUUCUCUUCCCUAUAAUUUCCACAGGAAACAUUUAGCUAUGUCCCCUAGACAUUUCAGGUUUCACACAGGGUGGUAAGGACAUAUAUGCUACUAGAUCUUAAUAAGUUAAGUCAUUUACAAGCCAAGGAGGCUGCUGACCAUCCUAUAAUGCAUAAGACAGCCCUUUUCUCCAAUAAAACAUUGUCUGUCCCCAAAUUUUAUUAGUGCUAAAGUUA